CACCGACUGUGCAGCCAUUGACAUCUGGCUGGUUGGAGCGUGAAUGCUCAAUAGGCUGUCUUACUUGCACUUUCAAUCUAUUCUGGUGAACGGCAAUUGCCGUCAUGGCCGUGUUAGGCACACAGCCUUUCGCCAUCCCGGUGUUGGUACUUUUAAGGGUCCAUCGCCCUCCCUGGUAACAGAAUGCUUUGGCUGCUCUGAUUUCCCCCUGAAGCUGUUUCUUGUUGUUGUUAUUGUGUUAUUGUUUGUUUGCCCAAGUGGAUUGACACUAGACACUCGUUCAUCUACUAUCACUCGUUGGCUUGUUCUUAUUUCUUGUCGUCUUCUUUAUAAGUCUUCUCUUCCGCAUCUGCGUGACUUUGAAACCAAUCGACAAUCUGCAUCUCAUUCGACAUUCUUUACACUCCUUCGACUACUACUAAGCCCUAUUCAAUAUGAGGGCCGUAGUUCCUCUCUACCUAAUCUCGGUCGCCCUUUGGCCGCUUGCAGCUCUUGCUCAUCCCAAGGGCUUGUGGUGGGGAACCGAUGAAUGCUAUCCCAGUCCUGGAAAGGCCGACAAUGAUUGUUCCCAGGAUCAGCAAACUGGAUUUGACUGGUCCGGGCUGGCUGUCGGCUCCUUCUCAGCCUAUGCCGGGUUUGAGUUCUCAGGCUUCUCCUUGAAAGAAAGCUUUGGCGCUUCCUCCAGUGGGAAAUGCAUCGUUGGAAAACUCUCCAAGGAAAGAUCUUCGGGUCUCAAGAUGUCUUCCGGUAAAGGCCAGAAGGGAUUCUCUGUCAGCAGGUUUCGUCUCGCCACAUCCAAGGAAGCCGACGUCCACAUUAUCUAUAACAUGCCUGAUGGAUCAUCCUGCAAUGAUGUUGUCUCCUGCUCUCCGGGCGGGACAGAUGUUACCAAUGAUCAGUGUGGUGGUUCUGUUUCAGUGAGCUUCAGGCUUGAGGAGGAUAUUGAGAUCGAGACCUGCGAUUUGGGUAUUUACGAGGUCGAAUUCGAUUGCUCGCCGAGCCAGGACACCGAUACCUCUAGUACCACUGUGCUGCCAUCCUCGACCAAGUCAAGUGGCUCCUCAACUCCCCUGAUCCUGAUGCCACCCUCGUCGCCCGCAGCUACUACAACUUCUGCCCCGACACCAGUCAGGAUGACUACAUCUACUGUUUACUCGACGAAGGAGGUGACAAUCACAAGCUGCGCACCCACUGUGACGAAUUGUCCUGCAAACUCGGUCACAGUGGUCACAUCUACGAUUGCGGUCUCGACUACUGUAUGCCCGGUUACUGAAACUUCUGGGGCUUCUCCGGCAGCGAGUACGUCGGUGAGUACGUCGGCAGGACACCAUACCAGCAAUCCGAUGGUUACGACGUCGAUCAGUGUUCCAUCCGGCAGCUCUCCUGUCGAGUCCACCUCAUCCCAUUCGAGCCCGGUCCCUACUAGCCCUGCUGUGUCUACUGCUCCUGCUGCAUCAGGGCAUGGCUCUUCAGCUCCUGCUGUUGACAAGACCACCGUCGUUACAUAUGUGACAGUGACCACUUGCCCAGUGACAUCCACUGGCUCUGCAGGCGGCUCACUCACCACGUCAGUUGGCACAACCGUCUCUACUGUUACGCUGACCUCGACGUCGACCAUCUGCACCAAGUGCAUUGCUCCGACUUCUGUAGCACCUAUCUCGUCUGGCCCUGUCUCGGCCCCUGAGAGGACUACGACCGUUGUCACUUAUGAGACUGUGACUACCUGCCCUGUGACCAACGUUGUUACCUCAAGUGGUGUUCCUAUCACCUCGGUUACCAGCACAGUCUCAACCAUGACCGUGACCUCAGUGGCCACUAUCACACCUACCUCGGUCGUCUCCAGUUCUGCUCACGGUCCAACCGGCGUCGCUCCCAUUUCCUCUGGACCGGUCUCCGUCCCUGAGAGCACGACAACUGUGGUUACAUAUGAGACCCUUACUACAUGUCCAGUGACCACUGUAGUGACCUCGAGCGGAAAGCCGGUGACUUCAGUCACUAGUACUAUCUCAACAGUGACAUUGACCUCGGUGUCCACAUAUUGCCCCAAGUGUACCGCCGGCCCGACAUCUGUUGGCCCUGUCACUACUGCGCCUGAGAGCACAACAACUAUUGUGACCUGGGAGACCUUGACCACAUGUCCUGUGACUUCAGUCGUGACCUCAAGUGGCAAGGCCAUCACUUCCGUUACUAGCACUGUCUCCACCAUCACCAUGACAGCAACGUCUACAAUUGCAAACACAGUUGUACCCACGGGCAAGUCCCCAGCCACCAGCACCGGUGCCAGCGGUGUCUCGACGCCCGCCCCAUCCGCACCGUGCCCCAACGUGGUGCCCAAGUGCAUCAACACCUGGAUGAACCUGCUUCCCAAGUGCAGCUCCAACAGCGAUAUCAGCUGCUACUGCCCAUCGGACGAUUUCACCAAGAAGGUCAUUUCCUGCAUACAAGCCUGGGGAGCUUCCCAAGCCGAAGUCCAGGCUGCUCUAUCCUAUUUCACCGGUAUCUGCGCCGCCUAUGUACCGCAAAACCCAGGCAUCGUGACGGUCAUCCCAACUUCGAUCACCCUCGGCGCUGGCGCCACUGGUGCCGCUCCAGUCACUGGUACAGCAGUCCACUCAAUCACCGGUGGUGUCGCACCGACCACCAAACCAGCCACUGCUGCACCUGUCGCGUCCACCGUCGUCACCUACUCUACCUGGACCGUGACCGUGCCUAAGGUCGUAUUUACGACCGCCUCAGGAAGCGCCCAGACAACCGUGGGCCUUGUGCCAGGCGGUCCAACUGGCGUCUCGGCAAGUUCAAGCCGUAUUCCCAACCCCUGGGCUUCCUCGACUCUCGCUACCUUCUCCGGCCGGCCAACAACGUCUCCUUCACCUAGUCACACACCCGUGCUGUCCAACAAGGCGUCUAAGGAAAAUAAUUCUUCAGGAUGGUGGUGGACUAUUGCCGUCGCUGCUCUUUUGGGCAUUUACUAAUCGUAAUCAGGGAAUGAUAUGAGGGGAGUGAACAGAUUGGUGUUGUAAAUUGCGAUGAUAUGUCAUCGUCCCGGUGUAUUUAAAGGACCUUUGCUUUGCUUGUAAACAAUGAGUUUGCUUUUUCGUCAUAAUAUUUG